AUGACUUCUAAAGUAUCGCGUUUGGAUAGACAAGUUAUCCUGUUAGAGACAGGUUCUACUCAAGUAGUAAGAAAUAUGGCUGCUGAUCAGUUAGGUGAUCUAGCUAAACAACAUCCCGAAGAUAUAUUGUCUCUACUAUCAAGAGUUUAUCCAUUCCUAUUAGUUAAAAAAUGGGAAACAAGAGUUACUGCUGCUAGGGCUGUUGGUGCAAUUGUGUCAUAUGCUAAAGUAUGGGAUCCAAAUGAUGAUGAUGAUGAAUAUCAUCCUGAAAAUAAUAAUGAAACAGUAGAAAAUAAUGAUAUUCCAAUUAAAACCGAAAAUGAAGAUGAAAAUGAACCAACAAUAGAGAACGCCAAAAUCAAAUUCGAAGAUGAUAUAAAACUUCGAAUUGAAGAAUUCAAAGAAGAAAAUACUUACGAUUUGUUAGAAGAAAAUAGAAACUAUUAUGAUUUAAAUGAAUGGAAUAUAGCGCAACUCUUUAAGACUGGGAAAUUGUUAUUAUCAAAAAGUGUAAAUGAAUAUAAUGAUUCCUUUAAAAAUGGAUCGCCAGAUAUGUAUGAUAAUUCCAAUUCAACAAAUGAACCAGUAAAGGAAGAAAUAACUAGUGGAACACAGAAUAAAAAAUCAGCACGUAUGUUAGCGAUGGCUAAACGUAGAAGAAAGAUAAAGGCGAAAGGUAAUGGGAGUACAAAGCAAGUGGAUAUAACACAAAGCUCUGUGUCAAGAAAUAUUACAAAUAAAAAGGAUAUCAAGAGUGAAGUUUCAAAGGCCUCAACUUUGCAAAACCCAAAAUUAGAAAUUACAGAGCAAACAGAUAAGAGUAAAUUAAUGAUAGAAUCUGUAUCUGCUCCUAUUUUGGAACAACAUGAAAAAGUUGCAGGUAUCGUCUGGCAAUUCCAAGGGAUAUUCGAACUACUUAUAGAUAAUAUUUUUAAUGAUUCAUGGGAAAUUAGGCAUGGUGCAGCCCUAGGUUUAAGAGAAUUGAUGAAGAAGCAUGCAUACGGUGUAAAUAGAUUAAAAAGUGAAACCAGAGAGGUUAAUGAUAAGCGUAAUAAGAAAAGUUUAGAAGAUUUAGCCACAAGGUUAUUGACUAUAUUUGCUCUUGAUAGAUUUGGUGAUUUCGUCAAUGACACUGUAGUUGCACCUGUCAGAGAAUCAGUAUCUCAAACUUUAGCUGCAUUAUUAAUUCAUUUAGAUGACCAUUUAUCAUAUGAAAUUUUCCUGAAAUUGGAACAAUUAGCAUUGCAGGAUCCUGUAGUUACAGGGUGUCCUAAUAGAGUGUGGGAAGCUACACAUGGUGGUUUGUUGGGGAUACGAUAUUUCGUAAGCAUUAAAACAGAUUUCCUAACCUCUCAUAACCUAUUGGAUAGUGUGGUUAAUGUUGUCCUAUAUGGUUUGCGACAAUCUGAUGAUGAUGUCAAGAGUGUGGCUGCUUCUAUACUGGUACCAAUUACAGACCAAUUCGUUACUUUACAAAAUGAUAAAAUUGAAAUUUUAUUAACUACCAUGUGGACAUCUUUAUCCGAGCUUGAUGAUGAUUUAUCAUCAAGUGUUGGUUCUGUUAUGAAUUUAUUAGCAAAACUAUGUCAAUUUAAAGAAGUCUUGGACGUUCUAAAAACUAAAGCUGUUAUGUUACCAGCUGAAUGGGCCUUCAAGUCAUUAGUCCCAAAACUAUAUCCAUUUUUGCGUCAUUCUAUUACUUCGGUAAGGAAAGCUGUCCUGAAUUUGUUGAAAGCAUUUUUAUCUAUAGAAGAUGAUUCUACAAAGGGAUGGAUAAACAGUAAAGUAUUCAGACUAAUUUUCCAAAAUAUACUAUUAGAACAAAAUAGAGAAAUCCUUGAUUUAUCAUUUGAAGUAUAUACCUCAUUAUUGGCACAAUAUAAAUCAAAACACACUGAAAAAUCAUUGGACCAUGUCUUCAGUAAACAUUUACAGCCAAUUUUACACCUACUAAACACUCCAAUUGGUUUGAACGGUAAAAAUUAUAGUAUGGAAGGACAAUUUAUUUUGAAACCGUCACAACACUAUCAAAUUCACUCUCAGAAAAAAAGAUCCAUUUCGGAAGCAAGUUCGAAUUCGGACAUUCCAGUUCCAAAAACAUCAGAACAUGUGAACAUAGAUGCCCCAAUGAUUGCGGGUGAUAUCACACUAUUAGGUUCUGAUGUCAUUAUUAAUACCAGAGUUAUGGCAGCACGUGCAUUCGGUUUAACUUUAGCAAUGUUCCAGGAUUCAACUCUAUCGUCAUUCUUUUCAAAUGUUUUAGUUCGUUGUUACGAUUUACCUUACGCAACACCUAGAAUGUUGGCAGGUGUCAUUCUUACAGAAUUUUGCGGUGCAUGGUUGAAAAAUAAUCGAGGGAGGACUGGAUUACCACCAUUUGUUAAUGAAAUAUUUGGUGAAAAGAUAAAUUCACAAUUAUCUGACCCGUCAUCAUUACCUGUUUUUAGAGAAUUGGUUCCAAGCUUAAAAGCGUUACGUAUGCAAUGCCAAACUUUAUUAACAACAUUCGUUGACGUCGGUAUGUUACCCCAACAUAAAUUACCUAGAAUCGCUAUUGUCGUUCAAGGUGAGACGGAGGCCGGACCACAAGCAUUUACUAUUGAAACUGCUGAAAAGGUUUACAACGAAUAUUACCCAAAACUAUUUAAAGCAAUGAGUAAUUCAUAUAAAGUUUUAGGAAAGAAGCCUUUGGAAGAUGCGAGAUAUCGUGUUCAGCUAGCAAUCAAUUCAACUAAUGAGUUAACAAAAGCUAGGUCUAAUUGGGUUUUAUGUAAUGCCGCAUCCUCGAUUUUGUUAAUGAACGGAAUUCCAUCUAAAUUAAAUCCAAUUAUAAGAUCACUAAUGGAUAGUGUAAAAGAAGAAAAUAAUGAAAUGCUUCAGCAGAUGGCCGGUAAUUCUGUGAUUCACCUCCUUCGUGAAUUAAUCAGGUGCAAUAAGAGUAAUGUUGCUAACAAGAUUGUUAAAAAUCUUUGUGGUUUCUUGUGUGUUGAUACUUCAGAGGUUCCAGAUUUUGUUGCCAAUCAAAAAUAUUCUUCUGAAAUAUUAACUCUAAUAAAAGAAGAUAAUUCCAUCACUGAUCAAGAAGAUAUUGAAUUGAAAAAAGUUGCAGAUGAUGCGAAGUUGAAACGUAAGGGUGGUUUAUACACAUUAGGGAAACUAUUGUCUGUCUUUGAUAAAGAAGAAUUGUCUAAAAUUCCAAAGUUCAGGGAUCUCUUAUUUGAACCUCUGGAUAAAUCAUAUUCAAAUGAUGAAUUAAAGAGUAAUGGCUCCUCUAUUGGUCAAUCUAUUGUUGAUGCCAUGGGAAUAUUACGUGUUCUAUUCCCAUACAUGGAUUCAGAGUUACGUGACAGUGAUGUCGUCCAGAGAUUAAAGAAUCUUCAAGGAUUUUUGUCAUCAGAAUAUUCCGUUUUCCGUUAUUCAGCAGCUAGAACAUUUGCUGAUAUUGCGAAGAUAUAUCCUGUCCAAGUAAUGACAUUUAUUAUUCGUGAUAUAUUGCCGAUGAUGAACAAUGCCGGUUCUAUUGUUGAACGCCAAGGUGCAUCGGAAUUAAUAUAUCAUUUAUCCGUAUCUAUGAGAACAGAAAUUCUUCCGUACGUGAUCUUCCUAAUUGUUCCAUUGUUAGGCAGAAUGAGUGAUUCUAAUCAUGAUAUAAGAAGUAUAACUACUACUACGUUUGCUUCAAUUAUUAAACUCGUUCCUUUAGAAGAAGGUAUUUCCGAUCCGGAGGGGCUUCCGGAAGAUUUAAUGGCUGGUCGUGAAAAAGAAAGAGAUUUUAUUCAACAAAUGAUGGAUCCGUCAAAGGCGAAACCAUUCAAACUUCCGGUAGCCAUUAAAGCAACUCUUAGAAAAUACCAACAGGAUGGUGUAAAUUGGCUCGCAUUUCUAAACCAUUAUAAUCUGCAUGGUAUACUAUGUGAUGAUAUGGGUCUUGGAAAGACAUUACAAACGAUUUGUAUUAUUGCUAGUGAUCAAUACUUAAGACAGGAGGAUUACAAGGAAACUCAAUCGGUUACCACAAGACCAUUGCCAUCCCUUAUUGUUUGUCCACCAUCUCUAACAGGUCAUUGGGAAAAUGAAUUCAAACAAUAUUCUCCAUUUAUGAAAGUUUUGGUAUAUGCAGGUGGUCCAUCGCAACGUUAUCCAUUAAGGGACCAAUUAGGUAGUGGUGACGUAAUCGUUACUUCAUAUGAUGUUGCAAGAAAUGAUUUAGAAUAUUUAAUGAAGUUCGACUAUAAUUAUUGUGUCUUGGAUGAAGGCCAUAUAAUCAAGAACUCUCAAUCCAAAUUAGCAAAAGCAGUGAAACAGCUAAGAGCCAAUCAUCGUUUGAUUUUAACAGGUACACCUAUUCAAAAUAAUGUUGUGGAAUUGUGGUCAUUAUUUGAUUUUCUAAUGCCCGGGUUUUUGGGUACCGAAAAAAUGUUCCAGGAUCGGUUUGCCAAGCCAAUUGCUGCUUCCAGAAACAGUAAAACAUCUUCUAAAGAGCAGGAAGCUGGUGUUUUAGCAUUAGAAGCCUUGCAUAAGCAAGUCUUGCCUUUUAUGCUUAGAAGAUUGAAGGAAGAUGUGUUAUCAGAUUUACCACCAAAGAUUAUUCAAGAUUAUUAUUGUGAAUUAAGUGAUCUACAAAAGCAACUUUACCAGGAUUUCGCUAAGAAGCAGAAAACUGUCGUUCAAAAGGAUAUUCAAAAUACUGCUGAAGUGGAUAACAAACAGCAUAUAUUUCAGGCUCUUCAAUAUAUGAGAAAAUUGUGUAAUCAUCCUGCCUUAGUUUUAUCUCCUGAGCAUCCACAACUGCAACAGGUUCAACAAUAUCUAAAACAGGCACAUUUGGAUUUGCAUGAUAUAAUUAACGCUCCAAAAUUAACAGCAUUAAGGACACUUUUAUUGGAGUGUGGGAUUGGAGAGCAGGAGGUUGAUAAAGGAUCUGGUAAUCAGCUUUUGACAACAAAUGUGAUAUCUCAACACCGUGCAUUGAUUUUUUGUCAAUUGAAAGAUAUGUUAGAUAUGGUAGAAAAUGAUCUAUUCAAGAAAUGCAUGCCAUCUGUGACAUAUAUGAGACUUGAUGGUACUGUUGACCCUCGUGAUAGGCAAGGUGUGGUUAAGAAAUUUAAUGAAGACCCUUCUAUUGAUUGUUUACUUCUAACAACAAAAGUAGGUGGCUUGGGUUUGAAUUUAACAGGUGCUGAUACUGUUAUUUUUGUAGAACAUGACUGGAAUCCAAUGAAUGACUUGCAAGCUAUGGAUCGUGCCCACCGUCUGGGUCAAAAAAAGGUUGUUAACGUCUAUAGAAUUAUUACCAAGGGCACACUUGAGGAAAAGAUUAUGGGUCUACAAAAAUUUAAAAUGAACAUUGCAUCAACUGUUGUUAACCAACAAAAUAGUGGGUUAGCCUCAAUGGAUACUCAUCAAUUGUUGGACUUGUUUGAUACAUCAAAUGUGCCUUCACAAGAUGACGAAGAAGCAAAACAAAAUCAAGCUGAUAUGGACGACAUGGCCAAUGAAACUGGUUUAACCGGUAAGGCCAAGGAGGCCGUCGGUGAAUUAAAGGAGCUAUGGGAUAGUUCUCAAUAUGAUGAAGAAUAUAAUCUGGACAAUUUUAUUAAAACAUUACGUUAA